AUGAAUCCUACACGACUUCCCCCUUCACGACCGGGCGAGCAGCCCCCGACCUACCGGAUGGUCACCCGAGUGUACAAGAGCAGUCUGAGACCCGUCGUCAUAAUCCUGGUCCUCACACUCGUCCUCGCGCCGCGGUACAUAGUUGGGAGUUUGACCGCGAUCUGGGCUCUGAUCUUAGCUAUUCCGGCGUUCAAUGACAUCAACGCCGACAAGCAGAAUGGCUGGCCGAAGUUCGCGGUGUUUGACAUCGCGCUGGGCGUGAUCUAUGUCACCGUCUGCGCUAUAGAAGUCUUUGGUCUGAUGGCUGCAGUCACGCAACGGAUACCGUUGGUCCGCCUGUAUGCGAUGAUGUCCAUUCUGGCGGCGAUCCUGACGGUCGGCGCGUCCUUCUUCCGCGUCAUCAUUCACUUCAUCUACAAGAACGAUCUUAUCUCCGAGUGCACGGACGUUGUGCAAGGGAAGGGCGUCACUUUCAGGUUCGGCAUCUGGGGCCCUCGCGUACACGAGACGCUCAACGCGGCAGAAGCUCAGGCUUUCUGCACCGACGCGUGGAACAAAGACUCAUUCAACGAGAUCAUCUCUCUCAUCUUUGAGAUCUUCUUCUCCAUCUUCUUCACCAUGAUCACCUUCGCGUACUACCACCAGGUCCUCGACCCGACCUCGCCCGCGAACGUCCAGCGUGGGCCCAUGGUCACCUCCGGCCCGCAGCCCGCGCACUGGAACGCGCCGUACGACCCCAACGCGCGCUACGACGCCCCGCCGUACCCGCCGUACGGGCAGCCGCAGUACGCGCCGCCCCCGGGCCCGCCCCCGACCGAGAUGGGCUACGGCGCGGGCAUGGGCGUGGGCGCGGACAAGGACCGGGAUAUGAAGGACCACGACGACGCAUCGGAGACGACCAAGUACGACGACCCGUUCGCGGACUUUGAUGAAGGGCCGAGCAAGCCGGCGGCGUCGUCGGCGCACCCCCCUGCGUACUGA